GUUACUGGGAUGAGCGUCAGCAACUGCAGCUUCAGGGAUUGGCAGUGUGAUCAUGUGCAGUAGUUGAAGCAGCAGCAGCAUCAUUCACAGCAUCCUUUAAUCUGGGGCACCAGACUCACCAGAGGCACUGUGAAGCAGGCUGAGUAAACGUGCAGAAGGGUGAUUUGGCUUACAGAGAAACCUUUGUGCAGUAUUGCAUGGAAAUAGCGCAAUCCCUUUCUGCUGUAAUUUCGGCAGUUAAUGCAGCUGUUUCCUUUGCAUGGAUGCUUUUCUGAUACCUUUGCACUGCCUGGGGAUGUGCUGUGUUUCAUCUUAAAUGGGACUGCAUUGCUGAGUAGUUGAAGAAGGUUACUGCUGCUGUCCCCACCCCCCAUCUGUACUAUUACAAGUUUUGGGAGAUAAAACAGGGUAUGGAGCACAACAUAAAGAGGUUAAACGGGGGAACUUGGACAGUAGGUAGCAAGUCUGAAGGAGCAGGAGUAUGCAGCUGGUGAUGUGUGAAUUCUGCACGCUACUGGGAUGGGCUGCACGGCCAGUGUUAUUCUUUUUGAAGGCCUUCGCACAGUUAUUGAGAGGAACUGCGGCUAUAUAUGUAAGAACGAGCCAGAGCAGAAUGCCCUGGAACAAGCAGCGCAAUCACCGAGCAGAGGAGACUCCAGGAUAUGGACGAAUUCUGCCUUGGUCCUGGUUUCUGAAGCUGUGAAGAUCCUUGCAGCUGUGGCUGGAAUCUCCCCUCCCUUCUGUGGCAGCCAGGCUCACGCUGCUAGGGAUUUAUUAAAUGGUGUUCAUUGCCUGGGUUUCAAAAUGCAAGGAAGAACGAAUAAAAUUCCUAAGAAAGAACUGGUGAUUGAGUCUCCUCAGCAGUACAAAAACACAGUUACUUGUGAGGCUGAAGUCGAGACUGAAGUACAGGUGCUGGCAAAACCCAAAGUAAUCGAGCCGAUAGACUACGAGAAUGUCCUUGUUCAGAGGAAGACCCAAAUCCUCAGUGAUUCCUUGCGGGACAUGCUUCAGUUUCCCCUUGAGGAUUUCUAUAUAUCGACACUGAGACGCCAAGGCAGGACGCUCUAUUCUACGGUGCCUGAAAAUGCAGAGAAAGCAGCUCAGAGCCUCUUUGUGCAAGAGUGCAUCAAGACCUACAACUCUGACUGGCACGUUGUUAAUUAUAAGUAUGAAGAUUACUCUGGAGAUUUCCGACAGCUUCCAAAUAAGGUGACCAGACCAGAAAAACUGCCAGUCCAUGUGUUUGAGGUAGAUGAAGAUGUAGAUAAGGACGAGGAUACUGCCUCUCUAGGCUCCCAGAAGGGUGGGGUAACAAAACAUGGAUGGCUUUACAAAGGCAACAUGAACAGCGCAAUCAGUGUGACCAUGAGGUCAUUCAAAAGAAGAUACUUUCACCUAACGCAGCUUGGAGAUGGCUCCUACAACCUUAAUUUCUACAAAGAUGAAAAGCUGUCCAGAGAACCCAAAGGGUCAAUAUUCUUGGACUCGUGUAUGGGUGUUGUUCAGAGCAACAAAGUGCGUCGUUUUGCCUUUGAGCUGAAGAUGCAAGACAAAAGCAGUUAUCUGUUGGCUGCAGACAGUGAACUUGAAAUGGAGGAAUGGAUUACAACAUUAAACAAAAUCCUGCAGAACAAUUUUGAAGCUGCCAUGCUGGAGAAAAGAAAUGGAGAAGCACACGAUGAUGAUGAGCUCAGUAAAGCAGACAGUUCUUCAACUAGCUUGGACAACUUUCUUCCAGACGUGGCCAAGGGUGCCAGAGAAAUCGAAAUUAAAUCAAAAAGUGAAAGCAGACUGAAGCUUUUUACUUUAGAUCCAGAUACACAGAAACUUGACUUCUCAGGGAUUGAACCAGAUGUAAAGCUUUUCGAAGAAAAAUUUGGGAAGCGUCUUUUGGUGAAGUGCAAUGAUUUGUCAUUUAACCUCCAGAGCUGCGUGGCUGAAAAUGAAGAAGGACCUACGACAAAUGUGGAACCCUUCUUUGUCACAUUGUCGCUGUUCGACAUCCAGAAAAGCUGCAAGAUCUCAGCAGACUUUCACGUUGAUCUAAACCACCCGUCUGUGAAGCAGCUGAUAGCCAGUGCCUCCUCACAGCAGACGAAUGGCAGAGGCGAGGCCAUAAUGGGGUCCCAGAGGAUGCCUAAUGGUCUUCCAGAGAGUAUGCUGCAGGGAAUUUUCUCAGUGACUUGUCCCCAUCCCGAUAUAUUCCUUGUGGCAAGAAUAGAGAAAGUACUUCAAGGGGGAAUCACACAUUGUGCCGAACCAUACAUGAAGAGUUCGGACUCAGCAAAGGCUGCUCAAAAAGUGCUUAAAAAUGCCAAAUUAGCUUGCAGCAGACUGGGGCAAUACAAGAUGCCGUUUGCAUGGGCUGCCAGGCCGUUAUUUAAAGAUGCACAAGGAACUCUGGAUAAGUCGGCCAGAUUUUCAGCAAUUUACAGACAGGACAGCAAUAAGCUAUCGAAUGAAGACUUGCUGAAGCUUCUGGCAGAUUUUAGAAAGCCAGAAAAGAUGUCCAAACUCCCUGUUAUCUUAGGAAAUCUAGAUGUCACCAUCGACAACGUUGCCCCGGAUUUAAUAAAUUGUGUUACCUCAUCAUACAUUCCUGUCAAGCAGUUUGAGAACAACGGCAAGACAAAUAUCCUGUUUGAAGUGGAGGAGUUUAUUCCAUGCAUACCCAAAUACUCCCAGCCUUUCACCAUUUACAACAAUCACCUCUAUGUUUACCCAAAGCAUUUGAAGUACGACAGCCAGAAAUCAUUUGCAAAGGCUAGAAACAUUGCCGUUUGCUUAGAGUUCAGAGAUUCUGAUGAUGAAGAUGCGCAACCUUUGAAGUGUAUUUAUGGAAGAUGUGGACAACCAAUGUUUACGAAAAAUGCUUUUGCUGCAGUUUUACAUCACCAGCAAAACCCAGAAUUUUACGAUGAGAUUAAAAUUGAGCUACCAACUCAGCUCAAUGAAAAGCACCAUUUGUUGUUCACAUUCUAUCACGUCGCCUGUGACAGUACCAGCAAAGGAAGCACCAAAAAGAAAGAGCAGAUUGAGACACAAGUGGGAUACGCUUGGCUUCCCCUACUGAAGGAUGGCAGAGUGAUCAUGAACGAGCAGCAGAUUCCUGUAUCAGCUAAUCUGCCAGCAGGCUACCUAAACUACCAGGAGACAGGGAUGGGGAAGCAUUCUGGUCCUGAAAUCAUCAAAUGGGUUGAUGGGGGCAAGCCUUUGUUCAAGAUCGCAACACACCUUGUAUCCACAGUGUACACUCAGGACCAGCAUCUGCACAAUUUCUUCCAGCACUGUCAGAUCGCAGAGUCUGCAGCUGAAGCACCAGGAGGGGACCUGGUCAAAUAUCUUAAGAGUUUACAUGCAAUGGAGGGCCAUGUGAUGAUCAAAUUCUUGCCAACCAUACUAAACCAAUUGUUUCGAGUCCUCACUAGGGCAGCACAGGAAGAUGUGGCUGUUAACGUCACAAGAGUAAUAAUUCAUGUUGUCGCCCAGUGCCACGAAGAAGGAUUAGAGCAUUAUUUACGGUCCUAUGUGAAGUAUGUUUUUAAGACGGAGCCCUACAGUGCUUCCACUUCUAAGACAGUGCAUGAGGAACUGACCAAGGCAAUGACUAUGAUCCUGAAGCCUUCUGCUGAUUUCCUCACAAGUAACAAACUGCUCAAGUAUUCGUGGUUUUUCUUUGAAGCCCUUGUAAAAUCUAUGGCCCAGUAUCUUAUAGAGAGCUGCAAGGUGAAGUUGUCAAGGAACCAGCGAUUUUCUGCUUCUUUCCACCAUACCGUGGAGACCCUGGUUAAUAUGCUGAUGCCUCACAUCUCACACAAGUACAAGGACAAUCUGGAGGCAGCAAGGAAUGCAAACCAUAGUCUUGCUGUUUUUGUUAAGCGCUGUUUUACAUUUAUGGACAGAGGAUUUGUCUUCAAGCAGAUCAACAACUACAUAAGUUGUUUUAGCCCUGGAGAACCAAAGACGCUCUUUGAAUUCAAGUUUGAGUUUCUGCGUGUGGUGUGCAACCAUGAGCACUACAUUCCUUUGAACCUGCCAAUGCCAUUUGGGAAGGGAAGGAUUCAGAGAUUUCAAGACCUCCAGCUCGACUACUCCCUAACAGAUGACUUCUGUAGAAACCAUUUCUUGGUGGGCCUGCUCCUAAGGGAGGUGGGGAGCGCUCUUCAAGAGUUCAGAGAGGUCCGGCAGAUCUCAAUCAGCGUGCUCAAGAGCCUAAUGGUGAAGCACUCAUUCGAUGACAGAUAUGCUUCAAAGAGCCAACAGGCUAGAACAGCCACACUGUAUUUGCCACUGUUCGGCUUGCUGCUGGAGAAUGUGCACAGACUCAAUGUGAAGGAUGUCUCGCCUUUCCCAGUGAACCAUUCAAACAAUAACGCAAGAGAUGACUCUCUUCUGGGGAACCCCACGAUGACACCUCAAAAGCCAGGCAACGGCAUUGACAGCAGCCUGCACAAGGAUGUGUUUGGUGCCAUCUCAGGCACAGCUUCUCCUCACACCUCAUCUACUCCGAACAUCAAUUCAGUGCGGUACGCUGACUCCCGGGGCUCUCUAAUUAGUACAGACUCUGGCAAUAGCCUACCUGACAAGAACUGCGACAAGACCAACUCCCUGGAUAAGAACCAGCAGGGUGCCGCUCUAGGAGGCUCUGUUGUUCGCUGUGACAAACUGGAUCAGUCAGAGAUCAAAAGCCUGCUAAUGUGUUUUCUUCAUGUGCUAAAGAGCAUGUCGGAAGAUGCUCUCUUUACGUAUUGGAACAAGGCAUCGCCAGCAGAGCUUAUGGAUUUUUUCACAUUAACAGAAGUGUGUCUUCAUCAAUUUAGAUACAUGGGGAAAAGAUACAUUGCAAGGAACCAGGAGGGGGUGGGACCCAUAGCACAUGAUCGGAAAUCUCAGACUUUGCCUGUGUCCCGUAACAGAGCAGGAAUGAUGCAUGCCAGAUUACAGCAGCUCAACAGCCUGGAUAACUCUUUCACUUUUAACAACAGCUACAGCCAUUCGGAUGCAGAUGUCCUUCACCAGUCUUUGCUGGAAGCUAAUAUUGCCACAGAAGUGUGCUUCACUGUACUGGAUACAUUGAGUAUAUUCACUGUGGUAUUCAAGCCUCAGUUGUGUGCUGACCAUGGUCAUAACCCACUUAUGAAGAAGGUUUUUGACGUCCACUUGUGCUUCCUUCGAAUCAAUCAGUCAGAGAUGGCACUUAAGCAGGUCUUUAUUUCAUUGCGGACAUUUAUUUACAAGUUUCCGAGCACAUUCUUUGAAGGCCGGGCAGACAUGUGCGCUGCCUUUUGCUAUGAGGUCCUCAAGUGCUGUAACUCCAAGCUGAGCUCAAUCCGAAGUGACGCUGCACACCUCCUCUACUUCCUCAUGAAAAGCAACUUUGACUACACAGGAAGGAAGUCUUUUGUCCGAACGCACCUCCAGGUGGUUAUUGCGGUGAGCCAGUUGAUUGCUGAUGUGAUUGGUAUUGGAGGAACCAGGUUCCAGCACUCUCUGUCCAUCAUUAACAACUGUGCCAAUAAUGACAAAACCAUUAAGAACACAGCCUUCCCUUCUGACGUGAAAGACUUGACAAAGCGAAUCCGGACAGUGCUGAUGGCAACGGCCCAAAUGAAAGAACAUGAGAACGACCCAGAGAUGCUGGUGGAUCUGCAGUACAGUCUGGCAAAGUCAUAUGCCAGCACCCCUGAGCUGAGGAAGACCUGGCUGGACAGCAUGGCACGAAUUCAUGUCAACAACGGAGACCUGUCCGAGGCAGCUAUGUGUUAUGUACAUGUGGCGGCACUUGUAGCUGAGUACCUUAGAAGAAAAGGCAUGUUUAAACAGGGCUGCUCAGCCUUUCGAGUGAUCACCCCCAACAUUGAUGAAGAAGUAUCUAUGAUGGAGGAUGUCGGCAUGCAGGAUGUUCAUUUCAAUGAGGAUGUGCUGAUGGAGUUGCUGGAACAGUGUGCAGAUGGGCUGUGGAAAGCUGAGCGCUAUGAACUAAUAGCUGAUAUUUACAAGCUCAUCAUCCCCAUCUAUGAGAAACGCAGAGAUUUUGAGAAACUUGCCCACUUGUAUGACACGCUGCACCGUGCUUACAGUAAAGUGACAGAGGUUACCCACACAGGGAAAAAGUGCUUACAGGAACGGCAGCAAGGAAGUUUGGACAUCUUUUUUUAUAAAGAACCCAAAUUCACACCCCUGUCUGAGAUCUCCCAAAGACUGCUUAAACUCUACUCAGACAAGUUUGGCCAAGAGAAUGUCAAAAUAAUUCAAGAUUCUGGGAAGGUUAACCCAAAGGACUUGGAUUCAAAAUUUGCAUACAUUCAAGUCACCCACGUGACUCCUUUCCUUGAAGAGAAAGAGCUGGUUGACAGAAAAACGGAUUUCGAGAAGAGCCACAACAUCCAGCGUUUUGUGUUUGAGAUGCCCUUCACAGGAUCGGGGAAGAAACGAGGAGGCGUGGAAGAGCAGUGCAAAAGGAGGACCAUCCUAACGACUACGCAUUGUUUUCCAUAUGUAAAGAAGAGGAUAGCUGUCAUGUACCAGCACCACACAGAUCUGAACCCCAUUGAGGUGGCUAUUGAUGAAAUGAGUAAGAAGGUGGCAGAGCUGAGGCAGCUGUGUUCCUCCCCUGAUGUUGACAUGAUCAAACUACAGCUGAAGCUCCAGGGUAGUGUGAGUGUGCAGGUAAAUGUCGGCCCAUUAGCAUAUGCAAGAGCUUUCCUAGAUGACACCAGUACAAAGAGAUUCCCUGAUAAUAAAGUGAAGCAGCUAAAGGAGGUAUUUAGACAAUUUGUGGAGGCCAGUGGUCAUGGUUUAGGGAUAAAUGAAAGACUAAUUAAAGAAGAUCAGUUGGAAUAUCAGGAAGAAAUGAAGGCCAACUACAGAGACAUGGCAAGAGAGCUUUCUGAAAUUAUGCACGAGCAGAUUUCUCCCGUUGAAGAUGGGAUGAAGAGCAGCGUGAUGCCGAACUCACUUCAUAUCUUCAACGCCAUCAGUGGAACUCCAAGCAGCACCACUGUUCAUGGGGUCCCCAGCACCUCUUCAGUCGUGUGACAGCAACAUGCAGCUUGGAAAGCAGAGACACACAUUUUUAUUUAAGAACUCCUUUUUUCUUUGUUAAGUUAUUGCUUGCAACACUCAGGAUUUCUCCAAAGCUGAAUAUUGGGCAUGUGCAAGCAGGUAAGUGUGGUGAAACCAAAAAGGUAUUUGGAGUCCAACUUCCUGUGUACCACGACUUACUUAGGAAUAGAGUGUAUGUCUUGUAAAGAGGACCUAAUGGAUAUUUUUAUGCCAGUUUACACAAAUCUGUAUUAUUCUGUACAUAAGUGUUAACAUCAGGUUAAUCAAGUAGGUUUUCUGGACAAGAAGGAGGGUGUAAAAAAGGGUAUUUUGAAAGCAUAUUUGAAACAUACUUCUUAUUUGAAAGCUAUUCUGUACAUUUUACAUAUUAAACAGUAACUGUAUUGUGUUCUUGUGUAGUGUUUCCUGUGGAGACUUCAGAAUGUGGAUUUUAAGCAACAAGAACACUUUAUGCAUGUAAUUAGUCACCUUGUUCUAGCAUAUUGGGAAAUUAUUUUGUUGUAGCAUAUUGGGAAAUUAUUUUGUAUUAAUGGGCCUAAAAAUCUUGUCCAUACUUUUUGUAUGUAUCCAAGUGUAUUAAACAUGUCUGCUCUAGAAUUGGAUGGUCAGCUUUGGAGGAUGUGUUAAUGAACAUUUGUUGCACAAUGUGUGUUGGUCCUUAUGUAAUGUUCAUUGGUAUAUUCCAAACAUAACGUAUAUGAAGAUGUAUAUUUCUACACAUAAAGUUGUCCUAUUUUAAAGUAUCUUCCCAUACAAGCUUUAGCCUUCUGCUUUAAACACAAAUUGUCUUAAGACAAAUGCAUAAUAUGCUAGAUCAAAUGCUGUGUGUAUUCUUGUAUAUAAACUAGUGCAAUAUUUGUCUUUCAGCAAGGUGUCUGCAAUAUUUGGUUCAUACACUGUAAUGAUAACGUUCAUCCUUUUGCCAAAGUGAUGGAGUAUGUGACCAGUGACAAUGCAUACUGUGGAAAUGGUUGUUGUAAUUUAAAGCUUUUACCAUUUGAACGAUCUUUUAAAACCAUUAAUUAAAUAAUUUUAUAUUUGG